GAAUACCAUGAUUAAUCAUGCCACCAUGUGUGUUCCUGGGGAUGAGAUCUAUUCCUAUUGGGUUCAAGAGGAAAACUGUGAAGUCUUAUUCAAUGAUUUCUAUGAUCUUGUUGGUAAGAUGACUGAUGACUAUGUUCCAUACAGUGUCAAUGACGUCGAUCAGUUUCCGCGGCAUAAAGUGAACAACUGGAAAAUGUCUGCAUAUAAGAAGUUUGACGAGCGGGAGAGCUCAGGGGGUCUUAUCCCUGAUUACUUCAUGAACAAUGGCCGCCCAGUCCAUGCAGUGCCCCUGAACAAUGAUGCAGGUCCUUCUGUACAAGCUACUAGUACAUGGCAAUAUCUUAAUGACAUGGCUGCACAACACGGCCUUGACAGAAAUGCAGUCUACCAAUUCCCAGAUGCUAGGAGUCCGGCUUCCGAAAAUACAAAUCAAAACAAUGUGAUUCCUCCAACGACAACAGCAGAUGGGAGGCCACCAAACAGUGUGCGAUUGCCUAGCAGCCUCCAUCAAGGAUGUUUGGGUCUCUGACAAUGAGGACAAGCAGCACCAGCGACAUGAAGAAGAGCAUGAUGGAGGACGUUGCCAAUGGUCUCUUCGACUGAAGGUCCUGAUGGGAAGAAGAUCAAUGGCUUCCCAUACUUUAUGCAUCAACCUGUUUCAGGGUGUGCGUGAAUGCAUCCGAUCAUACGGGGUCUCAUUUUUCUACAAAUUGAGAUAACUGGGGCUG